AUGUCAUCUUCAGGAAAGAGAAGCGAGAGAGGGAGGAGUAUCACACCAAAGGAAACCCCAACACACGCCGUCAAAACUCGCCCUUUGAAUCCCACCAUCGGAGAAAAAAUCCGCAAUCCAAAACUCUUCAAAAGCAAAGACAAUCAAAAAAAAGGUUCCUCAUCUUCAGGAACAAAUGAGAUUACAAAAGAAGAGCAUCUGAAAAAGUUGGAGGAUAAGAUGAAAAACACUGAUAUGUGUGCCAGAUGGAUCAACAAAGAUCCUAAAGAAGUAAAGGAAUUCUUGGUUGCUAUGGAGUUACGGCAAGGACUUCAAAUAGCAAGGAUAUAUCUAGAGCGACAGAUAAAGUUAAAAGAGGAGUUUCACGCGUUAGCAGAGACAAAAAAGUUUGAGGAAGAUAUACGAAGUCAUAGAGAGACCCUUAGAGAAGUAGAAGAAAACAGAAUCAAGUUGCGAGGGAAGUAG